AUGGAAUCUGUCACCAGCAGCUAUGUGAAGCUAUCAAUUGCAUCACCUAUCAGUAUUUUGCCUCGAGAGCUUCUGUAUAUCAUCCUCUCCCACUGCCACCAAACUCAUGAUGUUGUGCGAGAAAAGUUUAGCUCCAGCGACGGGGAAAGCUACCUUUCCAUCGAUCAUGCAUCUGGCUCAAGAAACCUUGGCCGCGUUUGCCGUUUAUGGAAGAAUGCUGUCGACGCCGGGAUGGUCCCGGCGCGGCCAUUCCACGAGGUCCAACUUAGCGACCAGCAGUUCUUCAGGCUACUUUCUGAAGACUGUUCGUGCAAAUAUAUGUUGGCCCCCGAUCAAGUAGACCGGCUCGAGCUCCCGGUGCUCUUGAGCUACCAGACGCUCACGAUUGUCUGCAGGCAGAUAGAUGAUCCCACCCCACCUGACACCAUGACCAUUUUAAAUCCACUGGCAACCCCAAAGAAACUAAACAUUGUCAUCACUGAUGGCCGAACCGUUGAUAUCCGGGGAAUAUUCCAACAUUUCAAGACCCCCUACAUAACCCUCAUCGAAAGCUUACACCUAGAAUACCUUGCCUCUCGGAGGAGAGUCGACCCAGACAACGAUAUUAGUAUCAUCGUCUGGGACGGCCGGAUCACUCUCACAUCAUCAAGUGAGUUCGUCCCCUCCCUGAAAAUCCCCAUCGCAAUGGGCAGAGUGGACUUGACCAUCAACCACUGGACCGACGAUGCCACCAUCGUUGACAUACCCUGGAUCUUUGGGCAGCUCUGCCGUCAUGCGCGACCACUUGUUAUGGGCUUCCACCUGCUGAAGGCGCAAGACUCGCCCUUCACCGACAAAUGGUGCCAACAACGGCCCAGCUACUCUAUCGACAACACCUUCCUUCGAGAGAUCUACCUCACCGGCAUCAGCAGCGACGGCUUCCUGCGCCUGCUCCAAUGCGCAUCCAUGGAGAUCUGGUGCGUCCAGAAGCUACAGAUCAAGUUCCUGCCCACCCACGACCGUCAGCUGUGCUACUGGGACUACCGCAUCUUCGACAAGACGACCUGGCCGUUCCGGGUCGGGGACACCGAGAGGGACCCCUGGAGCGACUACGGGGACCUCCUGACAUUCCCGAGACUAUCGCUGCGGCGGCGCCUGGGGGGGCGGAUCCAGGAGGUCGAGAAGCGGCAGAUGCAGGCGCCGUGCCAGAUUGCCUUGACAGAGGAAAUGGACGCCGGCGAUGGGUGGCCGUGGCGCGUGACUCCGGGGGAGGAGGACGCGGAUGCAGAUGUCGAUGUCUUUACCGAUGUCGAGAGGUUCGUAGGGAGAAGCUUGCGCUGGUCUAGCCUUAUCGUGGUGGAGAUUGAUGGAGAGGUCAGCGACGAUGAAAAGGACGAGUUUCUGAGGUUGAGGGUACUGCAGGAGGAGCCGGUUUUGGAGGUAGUGGGGCCGGCGGCGGCGGCGGUGGGGGGGUCUGCGGGGCCAUGGUGGAGUAUAUGCCGCUGCAUUGGUGGACUGAGCUGUAGGAAAUGUAGUGUGUAG